GCCCAAAGGUCUGGCGAAGCGCUCACCAAAGUGCACAGAGUCCAGCGGCAACCCGGGGCCUCUUCUUGGCCCACGUCCGUGUAUCGCCAACUGGUGCUACUCUUCUUUCUUCCACAACGACGCUGACCACAUUUAUGCCUGCCAUGUAUUGGCAAAUUAAAGAACACCGAAGUUGAAGACCAAAAACUCCAUCUAAUCGCUAAUCUACAUAGACCUUGCCGUUCAUUCAUACAGCGGCACUUCCCAUCUUCUUCCUACCCAUCAGAAAAAAAGUUGGUUGCCUCUAGAUUUGUGAUCUGGUGGACAAUCGGGCGCCAUGGUGAAGGAGACGGAGUACUAUGACAUAUUGGGCGUGUCUCAGGAUGCGUCCCCCGCUGACAUCAAGAAAGCUUACUACAUUAAGGCAAGGUUGGUGCACCCUGACAAAAACCCUGGUGAUCCUGAAGCAGCUCAUAAUUUUCAGGUACUUGGGGAAGCAUAUCAAGUCCUAAGUGAUCCAGAAAAACGUGAAUAUUAUGACAAGCAUGGAAAGGCAGGUGUAUCACAAGAAUCCUUUGUAGAUCCUGCUGCAGUAUUUGGCAUGCUUUUUGGAAGUGACUAUUUUGAAGACUAUGUUGGUCAAUUGGCUUUAGCUUCAAUUGCUUCGAUGGAAGUUGAAAAUGAACCACAAGCACUUGCACAGAAGAAGCAAAUGGUCACUGACAAGCUGAAGGAAAUCCAAAAGAAAAGAGAAGAAAAACUUACUCAGUUAUUGAAGGAUCGGCUUCAGCCAUAUGUCGACAAUAGGAAGGAAGAGUUUGUGGAACAAGCAAAGGCAGAAGCUCGUCGUCUCUCAGAGGCUGCUUUUGGGGAGGCUAUGCUGCACACAAUUGGCUAUAUAUACACGAGGCAAUCUGCAAGGCAUCUGGGGAAGAACAUUCUGUUUAUGGGCGUCCCUUAUUUGGCAGAAUGGGUGAGAGACAAAGGUCAUCUUGUGAAGUCUCAAGUUAUUGCUGCAUCAGGUGCCGUGUCAUUGAUUCAGAUACAGGAGGAGAUGAAGAAGUUAGAGCAAGGUGAAAACCCAGAGGAGAAUAUAUUGAAACAGAUUGAGGAAAAGAAAGGCGCAAUGCUCAGUUCUCUUUGGAAAAUCAAUGUUGUUGACAUCGAGAGAACUCUUGCACAUGUCUGUUAUGCAGUUCUUCAUGAUACUACCGUUUCAAAAGACAUUUUGAACUUGCGAGCUAAAGCAUUAAAGAAGCUGGGAACAAUCUUCCAGGGUGCAAAGGACCUCUAUAGGAGGGACAAUAGCCUGCGACAUGAAAAUGACACACAGGGCUCCGAGGGAACAUCAUCAAGCAAGUGAUGACAUCGACAAGCAAGGAUCCCUGUAACUCAUACGGCAGCAUCCUACUCCUGUAACUACAUACGGCAGCAUUCCUAAAAUGUACCUUUCUAGAUGGAGGAGACUGCAGGAAAUUUUAUGGAUUGAACGCUUCUGCGUGUAACUUGGUGAUCCCCAGGGUGCUUGAUAAAUUUUCUAUACUGGUUUUUGCCCAAGCUCUUGACUUCACGGAGUCAUUGGUGGUCAGGUUGUGUGACUAUUUUUACAGGAGAUUGGCUUUUUCGAAAUAAAACAACGAUUUCCUUGCUUGA